CUCCCCGCCACCCUCCCCGUGCAGGCGCGGAGCCGGCGGCGGCGUUGUCGAGCGGGGUGGCGGGCAGCGCCAUGCGGGCGGCCGCCUGCCUCCUCUCCCUGGCGCUCUGCGCCCUGCCCGCUGCCCCAGGAGGAGCCGGGCGGCGGGGCGAGAGCCGCUUCGCGGAGCGGGAGAGCAUCAGGCCCCUGCGGCUGGUCGGCGAGGGCGGCGGCGGGGCGCGGCGGCCGGCGCUGAGUACGCGGGUGCGGAGCGGCGCGGCACGGACGCAGUCUACCCACAUUGCUCGAGCCAGCUUCCAAGUUGAUGCUUUUGGAUCAUCUUUCAUCCUAGAUGUGACGCUAAACCAUGACCUGCUGUCUUCUGAAUAUCUUGAGAGGCAUAUCGAGCAAGGUGGGAAGACAGUGGAAGUUAAAGGUGGAGAACAUUGCUAUUAUCAGGGAGAAAUUCGAGGAAAUCCUGUAUCAUUUGUUGCCUUGUCAACAUGCCAUGGAUUACAUGGGAUGUUCUAUGAUGGAAAUCAUACUUACCUUAUUGAGCCAGAUGAAAACUACACUUCAGAGGAUGACUUCCAUUUCCACUCUGUUUACAAAUCCAAGUUGUUUGAGUUUCCUUCAGAUGACCUGCCAUCUGAGUUCUGGCAAAUGAAUACUACAUCACAGAAUUUUGUUGUAAAGCCAAGAUACAAAAGAAGUAAAAGGCAGGUUCGUCGGAUUCCACGUAAAGUUGAAGAGGAAACAAAAUACAUUGAGUUGAUGAUUGUAAAUGAUCAUCUAAUGUGUAAAAAGCACCGCUUGUCAGUCGGCCAUACAAAUAGCUAUGCUAAAUCGGUUGUGAACAUGGCAGAUUUAAUAUAUAAGGAACAACUUAACACCAGGAUAGUAUUGGUUGCCAUGGAAACCUGGGCUACUGAUAACAAGUUCACCAUAUCUGAAAACCCCUUGGUGACCCUACGUGAGUUUAUGAAAUAUAGGAGGGAUUUUAUCAGAGAGAAAAGUGACGCAGUUCACCUUUUUUCGGGGAGUCGAUUUCAGAGCAGUCGAAGUGGCGUAGCCCACACUGGUGGAAUCUGCUCCUUGCUUAAAGGUGGAGGUGUGAAUGAAUUUGGAAAACCAGACUUAAUGGCAGUUACCCUGGCUCAGACCUUGGCCCAAAACAUCGGCAUUUUCUCAGACAGAAGAAAAACUAUAAGUGGUGAGUGUAAGUGUGAGGACACGUGGUCUGGAUGCAUAAUGGGAGACAUGGGGUAUUAUCUUCCAAGCAAGUUCUCCAAGUGUGAUAUUGAAGAGUAUCAUGAAUUUUUAAACAAUGGAGGUGGAGCCUGCCUUUUCAAUAAACCAACCAAACUUCUGGAUCCUCCAGAAUGUGGCAAUGGCUUUGUGGAAGAUGGAGAAGAGUGUGACUGUGGGACAAUAGCGGAGUGUGCGAGCGAAGGAGGAGAGUGCUGCAAUACUUGCACCCUAACGGCAGGCUCCCAGUGCAGCAACGGGCUUUGUUGUCGGAAGUGCCGGUUUGAACCUAAAGGAGUUUUGUGCCGAGAAGCAGUGAAUGACUGUGAUAUUGCAGAGAACUGCACAGGAAAUUCCAGUCAGUGUUCUCCCAAUAUUCAUAAAAUGGAUGGAUAUUCAUGUGAUAACCAGCAGGGUAUUUGUUUUGGAGGAAGAUGUAAAACCAGGGACCGGCAGUGUAAAUAUAUCUGGGGUGAAAAAGUGACAGCUGCUGACAAGUACUGCUAUGAGAAGCUGAAUAUUGAAGGGACUGAGAAAGGAAACUGUGGAAGAGACAAGGACUCUUGGAUACAGUGCAAUAAACAGGAUGUGCUUUGUGGAUACCUUCUGUGCUCCAACAUAUCCAGUGUGCCCAGACUUGGAGAACUUGAUGGUGAAAUCACAUCGUCAAUCCUGCAGUUUGGAAAAGUCUACAAUUGCAGUGGUGGCCAUGUGAAGCUUGAUGAGGAGACGGACCUGGGCUAUGUGGAGAACGGGACGCCGUGCGGGCCAAACAUGGUGUGCCUUGAGCAUCGCUGCCUCCCCACCAAGGCCUUCAACUUCAGUACCUGCCCAGGCACCACAGACAGCCAGAUUUGUUCAGGACACGGUGUUUGUAGCAAUGAAAUAAAAUGUGUCUGUGACCGAUUCUGGGGAGGAGAAGACUGCAGUUCUCGCAUCAAAGAUGAUCUAUAUUUUGAUAAAGAUGCUAUCAAUAAAGGUGUUGUUAGCACAAAUAUAAUAAUAGGGGCUAUUGCUGGCACCAUUUUAGUGUUGGCUCUCGUUUUAGGAAUAACUGGUUGGGGUUACAAAAACUACAGAAGGCAGAGACAAAUACCCCAGGGAGAUUAUGUAAAAAAGCCUGGAGAGGCCGACUCUUUUUAUAGCGACAUGCCUCCUGGAGUCAGCACAAACUCUGCAUCUAGUUCUAAGAAGAGGUCUGCUUUUCUGUCGCAUUUUCAGAUUUCUACCUGUUCCAUCACCCAUUAUUCCAUUAGUCAGAACAUUUCAUUGUUUUGCAGCAGGUCAAAUGGAUUAUCUCAUUCCUGGAGUGAAAGGAUCCCAGACACAAAACAUAUUUCAGACAUUUGUGAAAAUGGGAGGCCUAGGAGUAAUUCUUGGCAAGGUAAUAUAGGAGGAAACAGAAAGAAAGUCAGAGGCAAAAGAUUUAGGCCACGGUCUAAUUCAACUGAGUAUUUAAACCCAUGGUUCAAAAGAGAAUAUAAUGUAGCUAAGUGGGUAGAAGAUGUGAAUAAAAACACUGAAGGACCAUACUUUAGGACGCUGUCUCCUGCAAAGUCUCCAUCUUCGUCCACUGGAUCUAUUGCUUCCAGCAGAAAAUACCCUUACCCAAUGCCACCUCUUCCUGACGAGGAGAAAAAAGCCAACAGGCAAAGUGCCAGGCUAUGGGAGACGUCCAUUUAGCUGCACUGUUCUCCUGGGGUGACAUCAGAACUGUUUACUUGGAAUUUUAUAGAAACUCAGCAUCACUGAGUCAUUGCACAUUCAUCUGCUCUUCAGUCAAUUGGAAAGAUCAACAGAGAUGCCUGUGAUCACAGUGAGAACCUCCUCUCAUCUGAAAGGGAAAAAAGCCGCUUUUUAAUUUUUAUUUCUUUCCUUUUUGUUGACUGGUAUUUUAUGGAUUUGAUGAACAACCAAAAUCAGAACAAUUAACAGGGGAUAACAGCCCCGAUGUGACAAGGCUAUUCCGCAGGAUGACAGAUCCACUUGCCUAGAAUGCCAACUGCAGUCUGUGUGCCAGCCCCGCCUAAGAGAGGCUUUUCUCUGGUUUAUUUCAGUCCCAAGUCAGACCACGGUGGAGCCAGGAACGCACCUCCUGGAGAGCCCAGCUGAUGUAAACUUGUACGCUGUAUGCAUGAACCUUGUGUUCUUUACUUUCCACAUGUAAGGGAUAAACAACAUACUGUAGUAGAAAUUAGCAUGCAGGAAUAAGAAAUAUAGGAUUUUUUUGUGACAGGAUUUCAAGCUUUGAAAGGCAACUAUUCGACACAAACGUCAAACAAACAAGGAUUAUAUCUUUUUUUUUUUCUACUUUACGUGUUUAUAAUCUCCGUAUACAGAUUGUAUAUAUGUAAACAUUUGAUAAUGUCAAAAAUAGCUGUUAUAUACAUAAGUGUAUUUUGCCAAAUGCCUAAAGAAACAGUCAUGACUAACACCAUCACACUUCAGAUUUUGUAAUAUUACAAGCAGACAUCUUUGGAAAUACAGAAAGUACAGAACUGUAAACCUGUGUCUCUCAGAAACUGGUGUUUGACCAAAAUCUACGCUAUCUUUUCAGUAUCUUAUACUGUCUUGACAAUCUCAAUUGUAUGGUAGACUGCAGAAACCAGUACAGCAGCACUUUGUCUUAAAUCAUCGUAAGAGGAACCACCCAAAAUCUGUGUUUCACUGAGAUGACCAGUGUAUGUCUCACAGGUGUAAUCAAGGCUGAUUCGGCAGACAGCAGAGACGGAGUCUUUAACGUGCAGUCCAAACUUACUGGACAUUUGGGAAUACUUCUAAGUAGUCAAUUCAGGAUGUGAUGAUGUGAAGUCCUUCUGGUGAGAGUCACUGUGUAUUUUUGAUAGAGCCUUUCAGACACUGUUUUAGAUGGCGAGGUGUAGCUUAUGAGAAGCAAAGUAUUUCAGUGCACUAGAUAAUAACAGUGCUGUGCAAGUGGCCAGUUUCAUUGCUGUCUUUUAUUUGUUACUGGAAUCGCCUUUACCACGCGCUUGAAAGCUAUGCUUGCUGCCUGUGAAGCCCCCUUGAUAAAUUUGGGGGGCAUUAAACUGAGUACAAGUAAGUUUAGCCUGAAAAAAUGGGGUGGAGGGAACAAAUCCUUUACCGUGGAGAUGUUAAUCUCGUGUAUAAGUGGAUGGUUAGAUUUCUAACACCCUAAGGAGACUUCUAAAGGUUGUUGUAAGACAAAUGUCCUUUGAUGGGGAAUUUUCAGUCAGUAAGAAACUGGACCAUAUUGAAUCAGUUUAUAAUUCUCCAGCUUUCCAAAAUUGACUAAUUCUUUGCUUCAGGUAGUACCACUGCAGAACAAAACACCCAAUUCUGUGUGGUGCCAUUGCAUACCUUGCCCAACAGCCGUAUGAUCAAUUAGGUGUUACUAUAAUGGGAACAUCGAGGGUGUUUCUGAAUCUUCUACCUCUUUCAUGUGUUUCCUUUAAUAAGUGAACCCAACACUUGCAGCCUUUUAAUAUAUUUUUUUAACUUUUAAGUCUCUCAAUAAAGUCAUAUAUAUGUAAGAUUAAAUUAAGAAAUGUUUAAAGAUGUCAGCAACUGUAAAGUAUGUAAGAUUUUUAGAAGCACUAUAUUUUAUGAUUAGGCUGUACAUUGGAUUAUGACAAAAUAUUUGCCUUGGCAUUCAAAUGAUUUUCCUUCACAGUUGACAGGUUCUGGUAAGUAUUUUGGAGAAAGACAAGGAUGAGUGAGCGCAAGUGGAUGCAGACAGACCACCUGGAAGGAGCCAAUCAGUUGUAAUUGCUUUAGGAAAAGAGUCUGCACUUUUGUGGAGAGUAAAUAUCCAUCAGCACUGAAGAAUAUUUUUCGCAAAGAUUUACUUUGAGUGUAGGUAACUGGGUUAAAGAUAGUUGGUAGCCCGUAGCUCAUGAAAUUAGGGUCUGAGCCGCAAUCACUUGAAAUCAGUAUGUCUUUUACUGAUUUCUCUGGACUUUUUGAGCAGGACCCUCAAGGAGUUCACCCAUAGUAGGACAUUAUGCUAUGCCAACAGCCGUUCUAUUACUCUGUCGCCUGGAAGCUGUUUUCUCUCCUAUGUUGGUAUCUCGUCUUUAGUAACUCUUCAUCAUGUGCCUUUUAUGGUAUUUUGUUUGAAUACAAACUGGCAUGUAAUUUUGAAUGAUCGUGUUAGAUUCCUGUGCAUACUUUAUGUUUACCACUGUUUACUCUUCCCUUUCCAUUUUGCCUUAUCAAGAAGCAGCAAGAUUUGGCAGACAGAACUGGAUAUAACAUACUGGCUCUUUGUGUAAUGUUCAUAGCUUCUCAGUUUGCAAACAAAUGGCUCUCCUGACUGUACUUGCAAUGUAGUAUGUAGUUUAGCUUCUCUCUUGUUUUGGUAUAAUUCAUUUGUAGCAUAUGAUGAUCCAGUUAUGUGUGUUGUGUAACUUUUAACAGCCAGUUUAACACUUGGAGAUAUGUAGUGACUGGAAGUCUAGUUAUGAGCACUGAGUUUAAGUUAAAUAAAUACAGACUUUCACUUUGAUGGUCUAGAGUGAGAACAUCACAGGACUUGGGUGCUUGCAGAAUUCUUCUGCAGGAAAUUUUGCAUCAGGUUGGUAACCUGGAGACGUUGUCGUUGCACAAAACCUGAACUGGCAGGGCUGUGUGGGCCUCCGAAGCUCACAGAGUGGAGGUUGAAGAGAGAAGUGUUUGGCUUACAUUCUGUGGUUUUCUACUUCUAAAAGUUAGUGUGUUGGAAAGCUGCCAGAUUAAUAAGCUUGAAGAUUGCAAGUAUUUUUAUCCACUGUAGUUAGUUACACUGGCAAUAGCAAUAGAAAUUGUCGCAUAAUACCUCAUCCAGUCUAAAAUAUCAGAGUACUUGUAUUGUCAAUAAGAUAGCUCAGUCACUUUCACUCAUUCAGACUCAUGCUUUUACUUUGUUUUUAUUUUGAUUUUAAUAAAUGAACUAGUUAUUGCUAUCUAUGCUGUAGAUGCCUAUUGAAGUGGGACCAUUACCAGAUCUUCUCAAAUGGAAAUAAUUGUCCAUAUGAGCAUAGGACCUGCAGGACGAGCUGUACUUAAGUUAGUGUUAUGUAUUUCAACGUGGGAGAAGAAUCUUGUAUAAUUUAAAAUAAAAUUAAUAUGACUAAGUGAUAGAGACUGGAAAAUAGAGAUUGUAUCCAAAUAAUAAUGCUGCACAAUCAUGCCACAGAUUAACAAGUAAAAAUUUACUUGCUAAUUCUGUAUUUGUUGAAACAAGAACUUCAGUAAUCUAUACUAUAGACUUUUGGUGAAUAUACUCAGGCAAUAUACCAGGAAUGGUUGUGAUUGAUAAUUUACACAUAGUUUUGUCACAUUUAAAUAAGUAGUUUUAAGGAGGUUGUUAAAUUUAUACAGCCUGUCUUUGCUUAAGUUGUGGACUUAAGUCACUGCUUGCCAGUUACCUGGUAAGUGUGACUUGACUUUGAAGAUAGCUACUUCCAAAUGCUUUAAAGAGUUCCUGAUUUAUGAGAUAUUGAACCUGCUAAGCUGAUGAACUCACUAGGUAAUUUUGAGUGUGAUAAUGAACAAAUGGGCCUUUGAGCUAUAGCCUGAAUUAAAAUCAGAAAGGAAGUGUGUCAGUAGCUAGUGUACUGAAGUUGUCUAACCUGAAUUCCUGUUGCUGGUUUUAAAUGAACCGAGUGGUCUUGUCAACACCAAUGUGACAACAACUUUCCAGACCAGAGCUAAGAAAUGGUAUGUACACUAUUAUAGGCAUGCGUAUACUACAAAUUCAAAGUUUUAGUCAUUUUGUUUAUGAAUUCAUUAAUAAAUAGGAGAGGAUGUAAUCUGAAAAAUGAUGAGACUCCAUAAUCUUCCAGGAUAGCAAGUUAGCAAUUAGGGCUUGCUUUGUCAUUGAAUCCCAUACCUAGCUGUGGUAAGCAAAAUCACCACGCUCCAGCGUAAAGCUCCUGUUCUCUUCCUUUCCACUACUACUGAAAAGCAUUUCCACGAAUGACAAUUACAACCACUAAUAGCCUCUUGUGUUAGUUGGCUAAGAUGAAAAAGCUGCUAAAUUAGUCAUCACCUUUCCCCACAAUGUCCUGAAUAAGGUUGUUCCAGUGCUGUUAAUACAUCUUUUGCUCUUGCUGCAGUGGAGGUGGUGGAGCCUCAUGUCUCGUGCAGUUUGCACUGGUAUGCUGGUAUUGGCUGAGGUAGAGUUAAUUUUUCUUUACAGUAGCUGGUAUGGGGCUAGUUUUUGGAUUUGUGCUGAAAACAAUGUUGAUAACACAGGUAUCUUACUGAGUCAAGGUCUUUUCCGCUUCUCACCCCACCCCAACAGCAAGUAGGCGGGGGGUGCACAAGAGGUUGGGAGGGAACACAGCUGGGACAGCUGACCCCAACUGACCCAAGGGGUAUCUCAUACUAUCAUGCUCAGCAAUAAAGAAGGAAGGUUGGCAGGGGGAGGCUGCUGCUGGCUAAGUGGCUGGGCUUCAGUCGUUUGGUGGUGAGCAAUUUUCAUUUGCAUCACUUGUCUUUCUUUUUAUUUAUCUCUCUUUGUUAUUUCCCUUUUCAUUACAAUAUAUUAUUAUUGCUAUUAUCAUUAUUUUAUUUCAAUUAUUAAACUCUUCUUCUCUCAACCCACGAGUUUUCUCACUUUUACCCUUCCAAUUCUCUCCCCCAUCCUGCUGGCAGAGAAGGGGGAGUGAAUGAUGUGUGGUGGUGCUUAGUUGCCAUCUGGGGUUAAACCAUGAGAAGGGGUAAAACCAUCUUGUUGCUCAGCCAUCCUGUGCCUUUCUCACCAUCUAGCACCGGUGAAGGCUAAGCUGCUUUAAACACCCAGUCUGUGAACCUAAAAGUUGUGCUGUGUCCUGUUUCUCUUGCUUCAAGUCUAAAGAUCAUCUAUUUCUUUUAAGUUAUUUGAGUAUAUGCAUCACUAGCAGACUGUUUGGGCACAAUGUGAGGUUAUUUACCCAAUUUUUUAAGAGUUUGAGAAUUCUGGUCUCCUCUGAAGCCAUUUUUUUGCCCAGAAUGGAUUAUUCAUCAGACUGCUGAGCUGAUGACCCACUAUUUGCAUGGCUUCCAAACCAUAAUGACAUUUAUCAGCAAUAUGGGAUUCGACUUUAAUCAGAUUUCCUGAAGACCAAUAUGAAUAAACUGCACAUGUGUACAGCUUGUCAUCCUGUAACUGCCUGGUGAGGGAACAUUCCUGUGUGCAUGUGCCUGUUAUCCUAGUAGAGCAGGAAACAAGGAAAUGGUGAAACUGAUUGUGUAGAUGUAGUGCAAUACAGAUAGGACUCUUUUAAGUGUAGUUUCAUCAGAAACAGGAGAGGAACUAAUAGUUUCUGUCAAUCACCUAUGCUAAAAAACUCCUUUGACCUGAGUAUUUUCCAAGUCAGCUUAUGCAAAAUAUUUCUGGUGCCUGAAGUAUGGAUGCUGAAGGCAACUACAGCUUUCUUAACAGUACCUCACACACCCAGCAUGUGGUAUCUUGUCAUUCCACAAGUUUUCUGCAACUAUUUAUUUGAAGAAGUACUUCUACAGAUAACAUUCAUAUGUUAUCUCAACCAAAACAAGCAGUAAAAAUAAGUGCAGAACACAGAAAUGUGGUCCUUUGCUCGCACUGGAGAAACUUUAGAAUUGGCUCACCUAGCCAGGUGUGGCAGGUUUAGUUCUCUCAAAUCCCAUCUACAUCUGUUUCAAGAUCACUUCAGCUAAGCCAGCUUUAAACUGUUCAAGAACUGCUACUUAGGCCAUUACUGCAAUGUAACUCAAAGUGAGGUAAGGAACAUUGGGGAAAAGAAGCACAGAGCAGUUAAAAAGAAACACAUUCUCUAAGGGAGAAGCAUAGGAGUCUGUCUUAUACUAUUUUUAAUUACUAGAGCAUAAAAAUGUCAAAGCAACAAGCUUUUGCCCUUUGUUUUUUUGGUUUUUUUGGUUUUUGGGGUUUUUUUUGUUUCUGUAUUCCUCUGAAUAAAAAAAAUGAAGUUUUGGUUAAAACCAAUCUUAACAUGAGGCCUUAAGACCUUAUAUAUUCUAACUUUAGCAUGGAGAGUCUAUUUUUACAACUACAUUAGAAAUUCUGUGUGUAGGUCUGACUGACCUUGUACAUGUAGUGGUGCGAGCAGCUAAUCAUGCGAUGUCGUAAGGCUCUGUAGAACAGCAGAUGCUGAUUGCUUUUGAUUAUCGGUACAAGGACUCCUGCUCACUGCCUGUGUAGAGAUUCCAUGUAUUUUAUGCUUGGAAAUACAGUCCAGAACAUACGCAAACUGUGAAUAUAUAACCUGAUUUUUCUUUCCUUAAGGAUAAAUAUAUAUAUGAAAAUAGGUAGUGUUUUAUAUAGAAUACAGUACAUAUUUUUAUUGUUGCAUAAAUGCAGAAUAUUUUUUUCAGAGUAGCAAAGCAUUACAGAAUUUUUAAUCUGCUGGAGAAAACACUGUAUGAGCAGUUCUUUCAGCAAAGCUUUCAGGGCAGUAUAUACCCAUUGCCUCUGCCAGCUUCAUUUUGUGCUGAUGUUUAACUUGGGCAUUGCUGUAAAAAGAAAAGAAAAAGCUAUUUUUUCACUCGUACUAGCCCUGAUUGAUUGGUAAAACGCUGAGAGAGGUGAUGAGAAUCUUGUUUCACCACUGGGGCUGGCUCGUAUUGGCAAAAACAACCAACCUACAUCAUAUUGUUGUCUUUGCUCGUUAAAAAUCCUUAAAAAAUCAUACCUGAUACAGUAGAAACAUAAGAUUUUGACAAAUACCAAAAUGAAGCAUUGCAAUUUACAACUUUCUAGCUUUGAGUGUGAUAUUUUUGACAUAAAACAUGACAGGCAUUGGGCUGUUGAAGUGAAUGAAUCUGGCUUUCAUGUAGCUAACCAAAAAUGUCGCUUUUUAUAAAAUCAAAUCAUUGUAAUUUGGGGUUCUAAAUUCCUGGUCACUUUUAAUAACAAGCAUCACGGUAUCCACUUCCAUGAGAGUAUUUAAUACAAAUGCCUGUGGUUUUCAAUGUUACUGACAUACUGUAACAUCAGUAAAGUGACUUUCAAUGACAAA